GGUCCGUGUAAUUUGUAUGGAACGAGCGCCAAUGUGCAAAGAGAUGCGAGAGGAGCCCAUGAAGUCGUGAAGACUUGGUUUUGUCGUGAGAAAAUGAAUGUGUAUAUCUCAUGAACUCGUUUGUUGUUAAAUAUUAGGUUUCUGUCCGCCUGAGAGAGGUUAUCUCGUUGAAUGUAGAAUUUGGUCCAGAAAUUCCUAGACGGGAGAAAAGAGGCAAGACAGGAGCAUUAUAAAGCCGCUUUGACAGGUGCCAUCGCUAGGCGCCUCAGUGGAGAGAUGCCGCCGGUGCAGAGAACGAUGUCCGAUCUUCGCUCUCGUGCGGAGGGCUAUGAGAAGACAGAGGACACCACAGAGAAGAUCUCAUUAGCUGACCAGGAGGAUGCUAGGCUGAUAUACCUCAACCAGCCACAGUUCACCAAGUUUUGCAGUAAUCAUGUCAGCACGGCCAAGUAUAAUGUUCUGACUUUCCUGCCUCGCUUCCUCUACUCCCAGUUCAGAAGGGCAGCUAACUCCUUCUUUCUCUUCAUCGCACUCCUGCAGCAAAUCCCGGACGUGUCGCCAACUGGCCGCUGGACCACGCUGGUGCCCCUGCUCUUCAUCCUGGUGGUGGCUGCAGUCAAGGAGUUCAUUGAGGACCUGAAACGUCAUAAUGCCGACAGUGUCGUCAACAGGAAAGAAUGUCAAGUACUAAGGAAUGGUGCCUGGGAAAUCGUACACUGGGAAAAGGUGGCUGUUGGGGAGGUAGUAAAAGCGGCCAAUGGGGAUCACCUCCCGGCUGACCUCGUCAUCCUCUCGUCCAGUGAACCACAAGGGAUGUGCUACAUCGAAACCUCCAACCUGGACGGAGAAACCAACCUCAAGAUCCGACAGGGGCUCCAGAUCACCUCGGAGAUCAAGGACAUUGACAGCCUGAUGCGUCUCUCCGGCCGCAUGGAGUGCGAGAGCCCCAACCGCCAUCUGUACGAGUUUGUCGGCAACAUCCGUCUGGACGGACACAGCACCAGCAGUCUGGGUCCAGACCAGAUCUUACUGCGGGGAGCACAGUUGAGGAACACACAGUGGAUCCAUGGCAUAGUGGUCUACACAGGGCAUGACACCAAACUUAUGCAGAACUCCACUCGUCCUCCUCUGAAGCUGUCGAACGUGGAGCGCAUCACCAACUUCCAGAUCUUGGUCCUGUUUGGCUGCUUGCUAGCCAUCUCUCUGGUGUGCUCCAUAGGACAGACCAUCUGGAAGUACCAGUACGGCAAUGCUGCCUGGUACAUGGACCUGAACUAUGGAGGCGCUGCCAAUUUUGGCCUCAACUUCUUGACCUUCAUCAUCCUGUUCAACAACCUGAUUCCCAUCAGUCUGCUGGUCACUCUGGAGGUCAUCAAGUUCACCCAGGCCUUCUUCAUCAACUGGGACACAGACAUGCUGUAUGAACCCACCAACACACCUGCCAUGGCCCGCACGUCCAACCUGAAUGAAGAGCUGGGACAGGUGAAAUACAUCUUCUCGGACAAGACCGGGACCCUGACCUGCAACGUGAUGCAGUUCAAGAAGUGCACCGUCGCUGGUGUAGCCUAUGGUCACACACCCGAGCCAGAGGAAGGUAGUUUUGCUGAGGACGACUGUCACAGCAUACAGUCAUCGGAGGAGGCCGGAUUUAAUGACCCCAGCUUACUGGAAAACCUCCAAAGUAAUCACCCGACUGCUCCUGUCAUCCAUGACUUUAUGACCAUGAUGGCCAUCUGUCACACGGCCGUCCCCGAGCGCAUCGAUGACAAGAUCACCUACCAGGCCGCUUCUCCAGAUGAAGGUGCGCUGGUGAGAGCUGCUCAGAGCCUCGGCUUUGUGUUCUCCGGAAGAACCCCAGACGGUGUCAUCAUGGAGUCGCUGGGAGGAGAGCAGAAGUAUGAGCUGCUGCAUGUGCUGGAGUUCACCAGCGUUAGGAAGAGGAUGUCAGUUAUCGUGCGCACCUCAUCUGGCAAGAUCCGCCUCUACUGCAAAGGGGCGGACACCGUGGUCUAUGACCGCCUGGCGGACAGCUCUAGGUACAAAGACAUCACCCUGAAACACCUGGAGCAGUUUGCUACAGAGGGUCUGCGUACUCUGUGCUUUGCGGUGGCGGAGGUCAGCGAGUCGACAUACCAGCAGUGGCUGGAGGUGUACCAGCGAGCGUCCACCUCCAUCCAGAACAGAGCCCUCAAACUGGAGGAGAGCUACGAGCUCAUCGAGAAGAACCUGCAGCUGCUAGGAGCCACCGCCAUCGAGGACAAACUCCAAGACAAGGUCCCCGAGACCAUCGAGACCCUGAUGAAGGCCGACAUCAAGAUCUGGAUCCUGACUGGAGACAAGCAGGAGACGGCCAUUAAUAUAGGACACUCUUGCAAACUGCUGACCAAGAACAUGGGCAUGCUGGUGAUCAAUGAAGACACUCUUGACGCCACCAGAGAGACUCUCAGUCACCACUGUGGCAUGCUGGGAGAUGCCCUCCACAAGGAGAACGACUUUGCCCUCAUCAUCGACGGAAAGACGCUGAAAUACGCCCUCACGUUUGGAGCACGGCAAUACUUCCUUGACCUGGCCCUGUCCUGCAAGGCUGUGAUAUGCUGCAGGGUGUCUCCGCUGCAGAAGUCGGAGGUGGUGGAGAUGGUGAAGAAGCAGGUGAAGGUGAUCACGCUGGCUAUAGGCGACGGCGCCAACGACGUGGGCAUGAUCCAGACGGCUCACGUAGGCGUGGGCAUCUCCGGCAACGAGGGCCUGCAGGCGGCCAACUCCUCUGACUACUCCAUCGCCCAGUUCAAAUACUUGAAGAAUCUACUGCUGGUGCACGGAGCCUGGAACUACAACCGUGUGGCAAAGUGUAUCCUGUACUGCUUCUAUAAGAACAUUGUCCUCUACAUCAUCGAGAUCUGGUUCGCCUUCGUCAACGGCUUCUCCGGUCAGAUUCUGUUUGAGCGCUGGUGCAUCGGCUUGUACAACGUGAUCUUCACAGCCCUCCCUCCUUUGACACUGGGCAUAUUUGAGCGUUCCUGCAGGAAAGAGAACAUGCUGAAAUACCCUGAACUCUACAAAACCUCUCAGAACGCCAUGGGCUUCAAUACCAAGGUCUUCUGGGCCCAUUGUCUGAACGGCCUCUUCCACUCGGUCAUCCUCUUCUGGGUUCCCCUCAGAGCCUUCCAGCACGAUACGGUGUUCGGCAACGGAAAGACUCCAGACUAUCUGCUUUUAGGGAACAUGGUUUAUACAUUUGUAGUCAUCACGGUGUGUCUGAAGGCCGGCCUGGAGACCUCGUCGUGGACCAUGUUCAGUCACAUCGCCAUCUGGGGCAGCAUCGGACUGUGGGUGGUGUUCUUUGGCAUCUACUCCUCCCUGUGGCCCCUGAUUCCCCUGGCCCCCGACAUGUCUGGAGAGGCGGACAUGAUGUUCAGUUCGGGGGUCUUCUGGAUGGGCCUGGUCUUCAUCCCCAUCACCUCCCUGGUCUUUGACGUGGCCUACAAAGUGGUGAAGAAGGUGUGCUUCAAGACUCUGGUGGACGAGGUCCAGGAGCUGGAGGCCCUGUCUAAGGACCCUGGAGCUGUGGUGCACGGGAAGAGUUUGACGGAGAGAGCCCAGCUACUGAAGAACGUCUUCAAGAAGAGCACGGUCAGUCUGUACCGGUCAGACUCCAUGCAGCAGAACCUGCUCCACGGCUAUGCCUUCUCCCAGGACGAGAAUGGGGUGGUGUCGCAGUCAGAAGUGAUCCGGGCGUACGACACCACCAAACAGAGGCCCAACGAGUGGUGAGGUCUGACCGGAGCCUCGGCCGUUUCCCAUGGCGAUUUGAAGCUAGCGAAGGGGUGCCCCCCGGGCGACUUCACCACAAGCCUGUGGGGGGGUGUGGACAGGAUACCGAAGGGAGGGAUGGAUGUGUUGUACAACUUCAAAAAGGGAAAAAAACAUGGAACAAAAUAGCGUUGAAAAAGUAUUCACUAUGCUGUAGUUGUGUGUUCAGCAGACAUAAUGAGCACUGUGCUUGCAUUUUUAGCAGAAUCUGUGGUCUGAAGUUCAUCACUGUUCUUGCUCAGUCAAAUGGAGUGAAAUGUCGCCUCUGUGAAAUGUCUUUAUGUAUAUUCUAGCAGAUCCCAAAAAAAGAAUAACGUACAAAAAGUUCUAAUCAUUUGAACUAUUUUUGGCACAAAAUGUUUAAUGACAAUAUUGAUGUAAACAUAGAUUGCCAAAGAGCAGUCGUAAAUUCAAUCUCUUCAAACAAUGGAUAUGAUUAGAACAAUGUACCCCUAACCUACACACACUCCAGAGUUGAUUCCAGCACUGAAUGGACCACUUCAGACCAGACAAUUCGUUGUUUUGUUGUUCUUUUGCACUUGUGUGAACAUGUCUACUGUAUAAUAAGGCCUUACAUUUGUUCAUGCCUUCAGCCAUACUUAUCUUUCUCAUUUAAUUCUGUUCAUUUAUGUAAGAAUUAGGAUGUAGGUAUCGUGCCUAGUUUGUUUGACUUUUUAAUGAUAGCUACUUCGCCGUAGUCCAAUCUCCACCAUGUUACACAGCAGUUCGAUUGCUCUUAA